UUGAUUAGCAAUAACUGCCAAAUAUUCAAUAAGAUUUUGUUGUAAAAUUGGGGACUGGCCUUGAUAUUUGCGUAAGAGUUCACGAAAUUCUUCAUUAUUGUUACAUACAAUUUCAAUUAUUUCAAAUUUUUUUUACGUUAAAUAGGAGGAGACGUAUUUUUCGUCCUGAAGUUAUCUUUUCUGUAGAAGAACAGUAAUUAGAACAUAGAGAAUAAGUAAUGUUGACGCCCUUUAUCAUUCAUAACCAGUAAAUGUAUGAAAACGAAUUAACAAAUGGUCAAAACAUGAACUAAAAGGCACAAAGGCUGUUAGUGAUGACUAUCUAUAGUACUACUCAAAGUUAUAGAGACGAGGAAGUUGUGAAAAAAGUGUUUCUGAUGACUUCUGAAAAUCUUUCCGAUUAGGUAUACACCAGUCGCAGUUAAAAAGCAGUUAACUGUAAACUACUAUAGUUAAAAGUAUCACAGGUAAAACUGCUACGGUAGAAGGUAUGGAUAUUCCCCACUUUUUGAUAAUAUUUCCAGUUAUGAGUUGUAUACUCUAAAAGCUAAAGCUAAAAAGGCAACAAGAAAAUAAGAGAAAAAGUUUUUUCGAGUAUUUUCGGUCGGAAAACUCUUAGAAAAUGUCCACGCAAGGCACACCACCUGAAAAUACUCGAAAAAACUUUUUCUCUUAUUUUCUUGUUGCCCCAGGCUUUUAGUUUCAGAUAACGAAAACCGCAGGUCUCCAGCAUCUUCCAGUGCAAAAUUAUUAGACAUACAGUGACUGGUCUUUCUUUUUGAAAUGGAUGGUAGUUUUAUAGAGCGGGCUAUGCUUAUGCGGGGGAAGUUGUUUGUCAACGAAGACAAGAAAAAACAACCAUAAACUUUUUUGUAUGAAAAAGAAAAACUUUUUACUGAUAUUAAAAGAUUUGUUCACUGGAGAGAGUUACACUGUUUUUCUAUUACUUAUUCUUUUUAAGCAUUUACUCUCCCUUGUGAUGGUAAAAAUGGCAUUAUUCGUGCUCUAUGUUUAUUUAGUCUCUCUCUUUUUCUACUCUUUCUUGAGUAAAUAUCGAUGAUUUUCGUCUUUCUUCUGUCGGUAAAAACUGGAAAGAAAAGUAUGAAUUCUUCCAAUUUUCGGUUUCCAUAAAUCUAGGUUGAACCGACCUUUAAGCGACCGACACUUGAGCGACCCCAAUAAUUGAACGAAGUGCGUCACCUAUAGCUGCUCACCCUCACCCCACUCUCGUCCUUUACAGGUCUCCAAAUAAUUCAGGUCAUAAUCGGAUGACAAACAAAUCGUUAUCAUUAUCGUUAUUAAUCGUUAUCGCAGUGAAGAAUCAUUCCAUUUUCCUGAUCGGAAAAAAGUCAUAUUGAAACGUAUCUAAUGCCGGGGUCGCUCAUAUGUCGGUUGACGGUAAUUUAGCUAUGAAAAUAUAAAAUUAUGUUCUUAAAAAGUCCUUCCAUUAACCAAAGAUAAGAUAUAAAUAUUUUUCGUAUCAUUUGUAUCUUAUAUCAGGUUAUCCGUAUCUGUCAUUGAUCUUUCAUCAUCAAAAACUCAUCCAGCAAACGAAAAUGAACUUCAACCAGAUGUUUAUUCAACGCAAUCUCCUCCUGUUGAAAUAAUUAUUCCAAAUUUAGUCAAUAAAUCAAAUCAAACUUCUCCGCAAACCUCUCUUGAAUCAUAAUAUGCACCGUCACGAUCACAUCUAAGUCGAAUAUCAAUGUACGUUUGCUACGCGUAUAGAAAAAUAUCUUCUUUAUCCUUUGCUUCAUUUUUAUUAGAGUACAUGCAUUACGAACACUCGUAUCAUCUAAAAGUCGACGAGGUAAUUUAACUGAUGAUUUGUCUCAACGACGAAUUGCUGAAUUGAAAUUUCGUGAAUUAUUGACUGAUCCAUUAACGGAUCAAAAUUUAAAUUUUUUUAAGAAUUAUUUUAAUGAAGAUAUUUCAGUGAAACAAUUUGACGUUACACAAUUUUGUCGUUUAUUUCAAAUAACACCGGUAUUAGUAAGUAAGAAUUUGGGCUUGGGUUCGUCGUCUUCGACGUCUCAAAAAGAGUGUGAAGUGGCCGACGGUUUAUUCGAAACGAUCAAAUCUGUCAAAGAUGCAACAGGAUAUCACUAUACAGAAGAAUCUACACUGGACGUGGAUGACGACUCUUUCGACUAUUCGAGUGGCAGCGAAGAAGAGGAGGAUGAAUCGGCGGAGGAGGCUCGAGGAGAAGCAAGUACAAGCGAGAAAGAGCCACGUCAGUUGGCCGACUACCGAAUUGCGAAUCAAUCCGGCGUUAAUCCAAAGCGAAUAAAAAUAUCUGAUUUUAUAACACCACAGAUCGACGUAUUUACUAUGGGAGUUGUUAUGUCAAAUGAUCUCGCCUCGAUAUCGUCAGCUGUCUCGUUGUCCUCUCGUUUGGGUUUCAAGAUCCGGUUAUUAGCAAGUCGAGAAGAAGGUCUUAAUCAGAUUUAUAUCAAUAUGAGCCAUAGUAAGACUAAACCGACAAUAUCAACUACCGGUCGUUUUGAGAAUGAAACUACAAUCACAAAUGCAUCACCAGUACUCGAUCGUAGUAAAAAUCUUGAUACACACACUCUAAUAUGGUUAGACAAAUCAUAUUCUCCUGAUCAACCUACUCAAAUAAAACUACGAGCAAUAAUUGAUUAUUUACUCUUAUAUGAUGACAUCGAUUCAUGCAUGAAAUACAUUAAUGGCAGUAAAGAACAAAUAUUUUUGAUUGUAUCUAGUGAAUUUGGACAAACAGUUGCAUCUAACAUUUACAAUCUUCGUCAAUUAAAUUCAAUUUUCGUGUUUUGUCAAGACAAAACUCUGCGUGAACAAUGGACAAAAAAUUACAAAAAGAUUAAAUGUGUGUGUAAUGACAAAGAAACAUUAGUAAAAGCACUGGCCGAUUCAUUGAAAUUCUACCUAAAACAAGAACGAGCAAGGCCGGACCUCUUCAGUCAUUCUGGUAUCGAUAUCACUACUAAUGACUUACGUGAAAAUGACUGGCUUCUUGAAUUGAUUUAUGUUCUGAUUCAACACGAACCAUCUGUUGACAGUAAAAACACGUUGAUCGCCACUCUAUCGAACUACUAUAAGGGUAAUGCAAGUCAAGAGGCGAUGAUCAAAGAAUUUUCUGAUGAAUAUUCACCAGAGAAAGCUAUUUCAUGGUAUACACGAGACACAUUUAUAUAUCGCCUUUUGAAUAAAGCUUUAAGACAAAUGAAUGUUGAAGGUAUAUUACCGUUUCAUUUUUUUAUUCGUGAUUUAUACAAUCAACUCGAACGUGAAUAUCAAAAGUUUCAAAGUAAUGUUAAAACACCUCUCAAAGUAUAUCGCGGACAAAUUAUUACAGACAAUGAACUUGAACGACUCAAUGAUUUAUCCCAAAUGAGUGACAAUAACAACUAUAUAUCAGUAACUAGCUUGAUAUCGACCAGCCUCGACCAAUCUAUUGCCCUACUUUUUAUCGACGGAUUUAAAUCUAAUGAUGAUCAAUGUGAUCUUAAAAGUGUUCUGUUCGAAAUUGACAUUGAUCUGAGAAAGAAAACACGUCCAUUUGCUGAUAUUGCCUGCCACGCUCAGUUUCCUGACGAAAAAGAAGUACUAAUGAUGCCACGAAUUUUUUUCAGCGUUGUCUCUCUCAACUUCGAUGUUGAUAGUCAGUUGUAUAAAGUAGAAUUAAAAAUACUAGAAGAAAAGGAAGGAAGUCCAACGGUAGAGCUUCUACAGGGGAACUUCAAACAAAUACAACAUGUAGGAAAUCGUGUUAUUAGCAAACGUUUGUUCAAAGAAACGAACGCAUAUUAUAAAUAUAUGAUACAUUUAUUUCCACCAGAUAACCCUAUCAAAUCGAAUGAUUUCAUACCUCUAAUUUCGCAAAGCCAGGAUGAAAAGGAGUAUGAACAAGCAAUUGAUUACUACAAAAAAACACUAAUAUUGACAAGGAAAUUACUAGACCCAGAUAACCAGGAGAUUUUGCAAACUUAUGAAACGAUGGCUGAUCUCUACUGGAAACUAAAGGAAGACGACUUGGCUAUUGACUAUUACAAAAAAUCAUUAAUACUUUUCAGAGAAAAAUUAUCGAAACCCGAUGAAUGGCAGAUUUUUCAUAUGCAUGAAACGAUCACUGAUCUCUGCCUCAGACUAAAUGAAUAUGCGUUGGCUAUUAAAUACUCCAAAACAUCAUUAAUAUUCCAAGAAAACCUACCGAAAACAGAGCAAGGGAAUAUCCACCGAAUGUACGAAAAAAUUGGAGAUCUUUACAUGAGACUCAACGAAUGUAACUUGGCUAUAGAACACUAUACAAAAUCGUUAAUAUUGCGAGAAAAAUUAUCAGAACCAGAACAACGGGUGAUUCCGUAUAUAUAUGAAAAGAUGGCUGAUAUCAAUACGAAACUAAAUAAAUAUGGCUUGGCUAUAGAAUAUUACGAAAAAUCAUUGAAAUUUAGAGAAAAAUUACUAGAACCAAACGCAUACGAGAUUCAUAAUACGUAUAAAACAAUUGCUGAUGUCUACAAGAAACUAAACGAACACAACUUGGCUCUUGAACAUUACAGAAAAUCAAUAAUAUUGGGAGAAAAUCUGCCGCAACCAAACCAACAGCAGAUUUCAUACGUAUACGAAAAGAUGGCUGAUGUACAUAUGGAACUAAACCAAUAUGAAUUAGCUGCUGAAUGCUUCGAAAACUCAUUAAAAUUAUCAGAAACACUACCGGAUGCAGCGCAACAAAACCUUCAGCAUACAUAUGACACAAUCGCUGGCCUCUAUAUGCAAGUAAAUAAGUAUGAUCUGGCUAUUCAGUAUUACAAAAAAUUAACAACAUUGUACGAAAGCCUCCGGACAUCACAACAACAGCAGCUUCCGUAUGUAUACCAAAAAAUAGGUGAUGCCCACAUAAAACUAAACAAACACGAUUUGGCCCUUCCAUAUUACGAAAAAUCAGUAAAAUUGCAAGAACACUUGCCAGAACCAGACCAUCAUCAGAUGCAAUCUUUACAUGAAAACAUCGCCGAUGUACACAUGAAAAUAAAAGAGCACGAUCUAGCUCUUCUACAUUAUCAAAAGUCCUUAACAUGGGAAAAAAAACUGACGGAUACAGACCAGCAGCGAAUUUUCCUCCUGUAUGAAAAGAUGGCGGACGCAAAUAUCGAACUGAACGAAUACGUACUGGCAACUGAAUAUUACAAAAAGUCAUUAACAUU